AUGCGCAAGAUUCCCAAAGAAAUGGCAUUCAAAAAAGAGAUAGCCACAGAAGCUCGUGACCUAAGAAAUGGAAUGCUAACACGGAGCUCUCCAGCAAGUCGCGACAACCCCCACGACCACGCGCGAGCCGAGCAUUACGAGUACGCCGACGAGGACGAGGACGACCGCCGAGGUGGCUUCCGCAAGCAACGACAGGAAACCCCACCAGGAAACGAACACAGCUCGAGACGGCUCACAGAGGUACCCGUACUGCUCGAGGGGUGGGAUUCGCCAGCGCUGGGCCGGGAGCAAAUGUCUUCCUUCACCGGCCAGCCCGGCAUCAAGGGCAGAAAUGAGUCCAUUCGCAUGAUGCUGCUAUGUUUCAUCCACUUUGGCAUCACGUUCACAUGGGGGGUCGAGAUGACCUAUUGCACACCGUAUCUCCUCAAUCUCGGAUUGACAAAGAGUCAAACAUCAGUAGUGUGGAUUGCUGGACCGCUGAGCGGCAUCAUUACGCAACCAAUUGUCGGUGUCCUAGCGGAUUCGAACAAGUCAAGAUGGGGACGGAGGAGGCCGUAUAUCUUUUUUGGGACGAUCAUCGUCGCUGCGUCGCUCUUGGUGCUGGGUUGGACGAGAGAGAUUGUCGCUUGGCUCCUGCCUGCGGAAAGCGAUUUCACUAAGAAAUUCACCAUCUUCUUGGCUGUGUUGGCUUUAUACGUCACAGAUUUCGCUAUCAAUGCAGUUAUGUCGUGCUCGAGGAGCCUUCUUGUCGACACUCUGCCCAUUGCGAAGCAACAGACAGGAGCUGCCUGGGGAGGACGAAUGGGCUCCUUCGGGCACAUUGUAGGCUAUGCAAUUGGCGCCAUCGACCUGCCCGGAACCUUCGGCCCACGACUCGGGGAUACCCAAUUCAAGCAGCUGACCCUGAUCGCCUCCAUGAGCAUGCUGUUUACCGCAGGAGUGACCUGCUGGGCGGUGACGGAGAGGGUGCUUGUCUCGGUGCGUCAGGACCCUCGCGGCUCGUCCGAGGGGCGCUUCAAAGUAAUCCGCCAGAUCUGGUCGACACUCAUCGAUCUCCCACCUCGAAUUCAGAUCAUCUGCUGGGCUAUGUUCUGGGCCUGGAUAGGAUGGUUCCCAUUCCAUUUCUACGGGAGCACUUGGGUGGGCGAGACCUACUUCCGCUACGACGCCGCCGCGGCCGCCGCGGCCGAAGGCAGCACACACGCCCCUUCUGACGCGCUGGGCGACAUGGGUAGAAUCGGGAGCUACACUCUCACCAUCUACUCGUUCAUGACCUUCGCCGGCGCCUGGCUCCUCCCGCUGGUUGUGCGCGCCCCAGAGGACGAGAAGUUCACCCACCGCCCGCCUGCGAGCAUCGCGCACCUGGUGGAGGGGUUCAGCAAGCUGAAGCCGGACCUGCUCACCGUCUGGCAGACGGGCCACUUGAUGUUUGCUGGUGCGAUGUUUCUCGCCCCCUUUGCGAGGAGUUUCCGUUUCGCUACCGCUCUUGUUGUCUUCUGUGGAAUACCGUGGAGUAUAGUCUCCUGGGCUCCAACAGCGACAAUGGGAAUGGAAGUCAACAAGCUCAGCACCACCGACAUGAAUACCUCAUAUCGCCGCCUGUCCGACGCCGACGCGGUCCAACUCUCGACAAUCCACUUGGAGCAUGGGCCUCAUGAAGAAGGCACCGAGACCAGCAGCGGGAGUACGGGGGAGCUGUCGGGUAUCUACUUCGGUAUUCUGAACAUCUACCAAACAAUACCACAAUUCAUAGGCUCCUUUAUCAGCACCGUCGUCUUCAGUAUCCUCGAGCCUGGCAAGAGCCCUGAGCUGGCGACCGACGCUCACCCCAGCGAGCAUCACUCCACCUCUGGGCCGAACGCCAUCUCGGUGUGUCUUUUCAUCGGGGCCAUUGCCGCGUGCGCCGCCUUCGUGGCAACCAGGAGGCUGAAGUAUACGCCGUGA